AUUUUUGACUUCGUCUUUUUGGGUACGCCAUUGCUUUAGACAAAGAGUUCGACGGUACAAUUAUUUAAAUUUAGUUUUAUACUAAAAUUUCUGAAAUUCUUAAAGUUUCAGAAUUCUAAACGUGAAAGAGUAUAUGUAAAGUUACUAAAUAACGAUACUAUUAAUCAAGGUUCAUAAUUUCGGAGUGGAUAUUUUACUCUAGAACUUAAUAUGAGCAGCGGAGGGAUGCCGGAGCUAGGCUCCAAAAUUAGUUUAAUAUCAAAAGCGGAUAUUCGCUAUGAAGGAAGAUUAUUUACUGUAGAUCCUCAAGAAUGCACAAUUGCAUUAGCAAAUGUUCGAUCGUUUGGUACUGAAGAUCGUGAAACUCAAUAUCCUAUUGCUCCACAAAGUCAGAUUUAUGAUUAUAUACUUUUUCGUGGAACAGACAUUAAAGAUAUCCGUGUGGUUAACAAUGGAAUGCCUCAUCCAAAUGAUCCAGCAAUAAUGCAAAUGCAACUGCCAAAUGGGCAACAUUUAAUGCCACAUUUUCCUAUGCCUGCUAUUAAUUCACCGAUGACAAACUACGGAGCUCCUUUUGGGGGAAUGGGAAAUAUAGGAGGUCUUGGUGGACCUGGAACUGGAGCAGGCACAUCAACGAAUAAUACAGCUGGUAAUAUGGCACCUGGUUCAUUUUUGCUUAACACUAAACCUAAACAGCCAAGUGAGUUAAACGACGCCAUUCCAGAACCUUCUAACUUAAAUUCUACUGCACCUAGUAAUACUACCACAAUUCCCUCAACCGCGGCUGAACACAAAGACCAAGAUUUGAUAACAGGAGGAUCACGGUCGACUACUCCAGUAAGUUUGAUAUCCCGAAAAAGUCCUUCUACAGAUAUGGGGGUUCAAGUCAAUCAGCAACAAACAUCACAACAAUCUCAACAACACCAUCAAAACGCUGGUAAUAAUCGUGAUGCUGGACAUAAACGACAACAUCAGCAACAAAAUCAAAGAAGUGGUCAAAAUAAUUAUAGGGAUCGACGAGAUUCAGGCCGUAUGGAUCAACAUCAUGAUAACCAAAAUAAUUAUGGGAAUCAAAGAAAUCGGUUCCAAAACCGUGGAAAUUGGAAUAACCGUGGCGGUAAUAAUGUGAAUAUGAUGAGAAAUCGCGGGCGGGGUAGAACCCAGAAUCAAAGUUACUUCUCUCAAGGAGGUUAUCGGCAAGGAGGUAUUGGUCUAAAUAAAAAUCGUCCUGUAAAAAAUACAAUCAAAUUCGACCAAGAUUACGAUUUUGAGCAAGCAAAUAACAAGUUUGAAGAAUUACGUUCGCAACUUGCGAAAUUAAAAGUCAGCGAAGUGGAAUCUAAAAAUUCAACUGAACAGGUCAAUGGAGAAACCGAUACCAAGAAAGAUGAUUCAGGAAACGAGACUGGUGCAGGCGAACAGGAGCAAGACGAUGAUUACGUUCCAGUUGGUUAUGAUAAAAACAAAUCCUUUUUUGACAACAUAUCUUGUGAAGCAGCUGACAGAUCAAUCAAAAAGAACGACUGGCGCCAGGAACGAAAAUUAAACACUGAAACAUUUGGCAUAUCUUCAACUAGGCGUGGAAAUUACCGUGGCCGAGGAGGCACUGGAGGUGGCAGUUAUUAUAACCGGAAUAUGAACAAUGGUGGAUACAAUCGGAACUAUAGGCCAAAUAAUUAUAAUAAUCGGGGCCGUAAUAAUAGAAUCGGCCAAAAUACUGGUCUUCCUUCGAAAACCCAGCAAGCAACAAAGCAGUCGCAGCAACAAACAGAAGCACCAUCAGUUACGACAGGUGCGAAAUAAUAAAGGGGUUAAAUACUUUAAUCGAAAAAUUUAGAUUGAUAAUAAUAUUAACAAUUUUUUAAAAGAAAGCUGACGUCCUUCCCCUCCAA